AUAUUCUCUUCUUGUUUUUCUAUAAAUGUCAUUAUUUAUCUCUAAAAUUUAGAUGAGCAAUCCAUUCAGAAUUGAUUUGUUGUAUGAUAUGGGUAGUUACUGCGGUUUUCUUUUACCUAAUAUGGCUAGCAAAUUUCAGUUUAUUCUGAAAAUGUUGUAUUACGCUCUCUCUAUAUGCUUUUGCUUAUCGUAGCUUCACCCAGUUAUGAUCACCUCGUUCUUAGUGCUGACUUUUCCAUGGAGUAUACUGGAAAGUUUCUCCAUUUACUCCUGUCUCUUGGAGUCUUUGGCAAUCUCACAGGACCACAGAAGUUACUCUUGGUGUCAGAUUCUUCAAUGAGUCUCUUUGCUCAGAAGAAUGAUUGUUACUACUAUUUAGAGGAAAAUGUGCUAAAUGACAGAAUGGCCCCCAGGGAUUUGGCAAUAGCAGUCAUCUUCUUAUCACAGACGAUAGUUGGAAUCCUGGGCAAUUUCUCUAUUCUUCACCAUUGUGUCUUCCAUUACCACACCGAAGGGAGUUUGAGACCCACAGAGUUGAUCCUCAUGCACCUGAUUAUAGCCAACUCCUUGACGAUGCUCUCAAAAGGUGUCCCCCAGACAUUGGCAGCUUUUGGGCUGCAAUAUUUCCUCAAUGAGUUUGGAUGCAAACUUCUUUUGUAUGUUCAGAGGGUGGGCAGGGGUAUGUCCAUUGGCAGCACCUGCCUCUUGAGUGUCUUCCAGACCAUCAUGAUCAGCCCCAUGAACUCCUGUUGGAAGGAUCUUAAAACCAAAGCCCCAAAGUACAUUGGCUUCUCCAUUUCCCUCUGUUGGAUCCAGUUCACGUUUGUAAAUUUAAUUUUUCCUAUGUAUGUGUUAUAUGCAUCUAACAACUGGCACAUGAAAAACAUCACAAAGAAACGAGAUUUGGGGUAUUGUCUUUCUGCAGAUACUGAGACAAUCACAGUUUCUGUAUAUGCAGCAUUGAUAGUACUUCCUGAAGUUUCACUUUCUGGGCUCAUGAUCUGGACCAGCGGCUCCAUGGUCUUCCUCCUGCACAGACACAAGCAGCGGGUCCAGCACAUUCACAGCACUAAUGUCUCCCCCAGAUCCUCUGCUGAGUCCAGAGCCGCCCAGAGCAUCCUCGUCCUCGUGAGCACCUUUGUGUCUUUCCACUCCCUCUCCUCCGUCUUUCAUGCUUGUAUUGCUCUUAUUUAUAAUCCCAGCUGGUGGCUGGUGAACACUGCUGCAGUAAUUUCCGUGUGCUUUCCAGCCAUCAGCCCAUUUCUGCUCAUGAGACAAGACUCCACAGUAUGUAGGCUCUGCUUUUCCUGGAUAAGGAACACAAAAUCCCCUAAUCUUACCAGAAAAAAUGUGAAUUGUAUGUGUCUGAGCAAUGCCCAGUUGUUUAUUUACUCCUCCUGCUGGAAAAGUCAAUACAGAACCUAGGAAGUAACCACAUGACUCUCCAGCGUGGACACUAAUGGGCAUUGGUGGUUGCAUCACCUGGUUGAAAUGGGCCAUAUACUGGCAGACUGGAAGUAGACAAAGCUGUUUGGCCUCAUUCUGAUGCCUAGUAUUCUGAAUAUAGCUGUCUUAAUGAAAUGCUAUUGAGGGAAAUUGAGUGGAUUUGAUUCUAGCUUCUUAUCUGUUGAUUGGAGUGCUUCACUCAGGGAUGUACUCAUAGAAAAAUCUGCCAGAGUUUAAUACUGUGAAAAAAUGGGUUAUCAAUAUUGUUGGAAGGCAAUUCUCCAUGGGUUUCUCAUGUAUGUGCAUGUCUUGUGGGCAGAGGCAUGGGGAACUUUUGUUCUGGACUGUUUUUCAUAGAUGUUUGUAUAAAGAAGUACCUUUGAAGAUAAUAGAUUAGUGUCAUCCUUUGGAGCAGUGGACAGAUUAAUUUGUUGUACAGGAAAAUAAGAAACUUUAGCCGAGAAAUGGCAAUGACAAAGGUGACAAGAAUUUUGGAGAUCUGAGGAGAAAGUUAAGCCUGAGAAGUCUGUUUGAACAUCCAGUGGAGCCCUGAGACAUAGUGAGUUAGAAAAUCCUCAGAAGUUGAAAGGAUAUCUGAGUCCUCAUCUAAGAGCUUCAGGAACCACACCAUCUCCCCUCCACAAUAAGUGCUGGUUGCCACCAUUCUAGGAAAGUCAUUCCUUGAAAACAUCUUACUGGUGAGUUUAAACUAAAACUGGAAGUAGAUGCCCAGAGCCAGCUUCAAAUAUGUCCCACUAUAAUAACCUUGCUUGAGAUACGUAUCAGCUUUUAAUGUCGCAUGGCUUCAUUCUCAGAUUGUGCUCAGAAAAAAGGUGAUAGCCUGUCAGGUGCUAUAUGUCUGUGUGGAGGACAGAGGAUGCAGGUUUAUUUGGAAUCCUAUGCCCCAAAGCUGCAGGUUCCAAAGGAUGAGAAUUUAGCCCCAAUUGAAUGAUGAUGAUCCUAGAAGAAUCCUAGGAUGAAUGGUGAUUCUAGGAGACUGAAAUCAGUAGGGCAUUAAGGAGAGAAUGUGAAAUGAUAUGUCCCAUUCAAGAGGGAAUUCCUCCUGCCCCAGACAAAAGUGUGGUUCAAAACCUUGUGAGCGAGACAAUCCAUUCCUGCCACAGAAAGGGCACACUCUCCCAAAACUUGAAGUCAAAAAGAAGAUGAAACAUAUGUAUCAGUUACUGCACCCCAGAAAACAAAUAAUUUGACCUUUUUUUUUUUUUUUUGGCAUAAAGCCAAGUCAAAGUCAGCUUCUGACAAAGGUGAAAUCCACUUGAAAUCAGAUCUUUCUUUGUGAACAGUAGAGACUCUGAAAUUCGGGAAAGUGAGACAGUCAUUGGCCCAAUCCCAGGGAAGAAGCUGUGCUUUUCAUAUGGACCACAAAUCUGGGAGGAGAGUCAGUUCAAGGAGUGAUUCCUGUCCAGACAGUGCCCAUGGAUGGACACAUGAGUGACUGCAGGGAUUCUUCCUAACUUGAACAAAGGACAGUGAUGAGUGUUACAUUCAACGUCCAAAAACCCACCUCUCCUCAGGAGAGGAGCCGGAGAUCUCUCCUCUUUACAGGCUCGCUCUCUCUCUCUCUCUCUCUCUCUCUCUCUCCUCAUAUCAACCCAGAACUUCACUGGGGAUGUGAGAUUGCACAAGCCUGGAAUUGCAGUGCAGAUGCAGGAAAGAAAGAAGGGUGAGCUACUUUUCAAAAAAAAAAUAGGAAGCUCCAGUGGUACCUUCAUCUAAUUCUCCAAGCUGGAAACUAGGAGCCUUGUCUAGAGGUGGUAAAAUAAAGGGUAAAGAGAUUUUUUGUUAACGUCUAUUAUUGAGAGACAGAGAGACACAGAGCGUGAGCAGGGGAGGGGUAGAGAGAGAGGGAGACACAGAAUCUGAAGCAGGCUACAGGCUCUGAGCUGUCAGCACAGAGCCCGACGCGGGGCUCCAACUCACGAACUGUGAGAUCAUGACCUGAGCCAAAGUCGGUCAUCUAACCAACUGAGCCACCCAGGUGCCCCAAGGGUAAAGAGAUUUUAUAGGAAGGUGAAAAGAAUGCCCUUUUGGGUGGAGUCCAGUACCUUUAGGAUCUGAUAGCAUCAGGAACUGGGGUGCAAGGACAGAAGUUCUAUGAGCAUAACAUGAAGGCUCACACAGGUGCUUUCACAGGGAGAAUCCCCUGUGGGACUCACAGGAUCCCUGUGAAGAAUGCAGGCAACAUGCCAUCUCCCAGGAGGAAUCUGACAAGCAGGGAAGUUAACAUUUGUCCAAAGUCGGGACUGAAAGUUCCGCUUCCAAACCCAACCAGCAGUCCCCCCACGCUCCACUGAACCUCAUCCUCCCCCAGUGGAAAAUAGCCUGUGCUGACUCCCUUCUCCUGAUUCCCGUGGAUGGGCAGGCAUAGUACAGGAGACAUGUCCCAGCCUCUGUUUCCCUGCUGUGGCCUCCCUGUAAGGGCUCUGCUCCCGGAGAGAGUCAGGCCACAGCAGCUGACAUCUCAGAGACUGGGGACCUGGGAUCCCAUUGAAAGAGAUUAGGGGUGCUCCUUGGAGGUCCCAGGAUUGAUCAGGCAGACCCUUAACUUUGUGUCAGUUUUCCUGGGCUGCCAUAACAAAAUGCAAUGUUCAGCGUGGCUUAAAAAAAAAAAAAAGCCAGGUAUUUUCUUCCACAGUUCAGGAGGCUGGAGGUCCAAGAUACAUCAGAAGGUGUAUUUUCUUGUGACAUCUCCUUGGCUUACAAAUGGCCACCCUUUCAUUGUGUCCUCCCUUAGUGUGUCUUCUGUGCAUGCAGAGGUCUGGAGCCUCUCUGUGUCCCAGAUUGCCUCUUAUAAUGACACCACUGAGAGUGGAUCAGGGCUCAGCCUAAUGUACUCAUUUUAACUCCGAGAGCCUUCAAGGUUCUAACUCCAAAUAGAGUCACCUUCUGAUACUGGGAUUUAGGACUUCAGCCUAUCAAUUUGAAAAGAUCCAGUUUGGUCAUUAACACUCAGCCUGCUGGACCCUUCAAACUCAUGUCCUCCAGGAAAAUCCACUUCCCUCCCCAUACCAACAGCCUCAAGGUCUAAACCACUGUAUAAUCCACUCCAAGUCCCAAACUCACCUACUAUCAUCUAAGUCAAGAGUAAUUGAGAUUUGAGACAUGAUUCAUCUUGAGGAAAACGUGUUUUCUUCCAGCUAUAAACCUGUGAAUGCAGACACAUUGCCUGCUUCCAGAAUACAAUGGCAUGGGGAGAGUUUAGAUAUUCCCAUUCCAAAAGAAGGAAUUGAAAAAAGGAAAUGGGUCACCUGUCCCCAAUAAGUAAAAAAUCUAGGAGGGAAAAUUCCCUUAGAUUUCAAAGGCUUGAGGGUUAUGCUCUUUGACCGGAUGUAUUGUCUUCUGGGCCUAGCGGGGUGCUGUCCCUGCCAUGCAGUUUCCCCUGGAAUGCCAUUGUCAGGUGGGAAUCCUAUAAUACAGAUAAUCCUUAAUAUCCUUAAUAGUAUGCCCCUCCCUCCCCUCCCCCCCCCCCCAGUAUCUCCUGCUGUGUAAGGUGUUCCCUUCCCAGGCAUCCAGGUGUUCCUCCUCCUCUACCUCGGAAUGUUCCAUGUCAUUACCUGUACUUCCGCUUUCUUGCGGCCAUCCCAUAGUUUACUCAGAUGUUUUGCCUGGAAGAACCAGGCACAAGAGGGCCGGUAUCCUAUACAAAUUGGACCAGAAAUGCAUUUGACUCACAAGUGCAGAUGGUGAGAUCCACGUUUGUCACCGUUGGAGAGACAGGUGACAGAUGAGCAAGGGCAGGAAGUUAGAAUGAUCCAUGAGGAAUGGGUUGGAGUUGGAGACAUCGGCCUGAAGUCAUGUUGGCUCUGUAUGGACACCAAUCGCCCCCCACACACGUUUCUACCUAUGUGCACACGAGCGGUUCAGCACACACACGUACGUUUUCUUGGUGUUUGAGCUGAGAGGGUGUGAACACAGUGACACCCAGGAGCAGUGAGCAUACCUAGUGUCCAUGCCUUGGUCCAUGACACGGUUCUCCCACAGCAGCAGCCAGGGGCUGCCUGGAGAGACGGUGCAGCCUGGACUAGGACAGGACGUGUAUGAAAUCAGCCUGCAGAGCUGCGGUGCCGUAAGUCAGCACAUGCUAAACAACUCGGUUUCUAAAAAUGGGCUAUGUCAGAGGGACACGGGAGUCACCCGAAAGAGCUCCUCAUGGUCAAGCUGGAACAUCUUGAUUUUAUUUUAUUUAAAAAAAUUUUUUUUAACAUUUAUUUAUUUUGUAGAGACCAAGACACAGAGCAUGAGCAGGGGAGGGGCAGAGAGAGUGGGAGACACAGAAUCCAAAGCAGGUUCCAGGCUCCGAGGCAUCAGCACAGAGCCUGACCUGGGGCUCGAACUCACGAACCGUGAGAUCAUGACCUGGUCAGAAGUCAGCCGCUCAACCGACUGAGCCACCCAGGCGCCCCAUGAAGUUGGAUGUUUAACCGACUGAGCUACCCAGGUGCCCCUAUAUUUAUUUAUUUUUGAGAGGGAGACAGAGAGAGACAGAGUGCAAGCAGGGGAGGGGCAGAGAGAGAGGGAGACACAGAAUCUGAAGCAGGCUCCAGCUCUGAGUUGUCAACACAGAGCCUGAUGCGGGGCUUGAACCCACAAACCGUGAGAUCAUGACCUGAGCCGAAGUCGGACACUUAACCGACUGAGCCAUCCAGGCGCCCUGGAACACCUUGAAUUUAAACAAGAGCAGAAGAGGCAGUAUUGGUUGUAACUCAGUAUCAAACAGAUGUGGAGUCUAAACUGAUAAGAGGAAAUCACUGAAUAAAAUAAUAGAGAAAAAAAAUCUCCUUUUCUGAAGAGUCCACAUAGUUUAUGUAGAAAUUUUAUCCUUAAGAAAGUAGAACAUGUAAUCCCUAUUGUAAAGGUGGGCUGCACACAGUGACUUCUCUGCAAUGAGUACAGUAUGAAAAGGGGACACCUAAGUUUCGAUGACGGGUCCUCAUGCACAUGACCUCAUCCACAGAUCGCAGCCCAAGAAAGGCAGGGCGGUCCUUAAUCUGUCUGCCACAGUUUUCCAAGAAGUACACUUAACAGCUAGACCCCUGGCAGCAGCCCAGGAAUCUGACAUGUGACCGAUGAAGGAAACAACUGCCUCUGAUUUCGGAUCUGCAGAGCUGGCAUUGACACUAACCAGACCCAGUGGCCCAGGGGACACUGUUAGGGUGCAGCCUACCUAAACCAUCAGUGAACAAGGAUAUACAUUUAGGGCAGUCUUAGAAUUGAAACUUCCUAGUGCCAGUGACUUUGGCUACACCAUGGAAAGUUUAAACUUUCCUCUAAAGGGAUAGGUCCCACUGAUUCUUCUCAAGCUGACAUGUUGCUGGGACCCAUCUGUCUUCAUUUGUGAAUAUUCACUUUCCAGGGGAGAUGGAAUUUUGGUGCCCUUCUUUCCUUGUCAGAAAUGGAGUCCAUGUUGACACUUUCCAAAACUGGUUUUUAAGAGUGAGUUUUGAGGAGAGCCCACUAAAAAGCUAAUCACUACCUAAAAAAAAAAAGUACAUGGUGUAGUUGUGUUGUGGAGGCACCAAACUCAUAUACCGGUGGGGCUUCUAGGUGGGGUCUGCCUCCCUUUGCCAGAGGUUCCAAAUGACAGACUCAUUACUCUCAGAGACUUGUGCCAUCUCCCAAACUCCAGGAGUCCAGGAGGGGCUAGACCCCCUUUUAUGUGAUGGGAAGCCAGAGACACAAGGAUUUUUUCCCUUUACUCCUGGACGGAUUAAGCACUGUGAACCUGUCCAUAGAUUUUCACUUUAAUUUUCACUGGAAAAUAGGACUCUCAAUUUGGUGGGGUUAUAACAGCCACACAUAUUGGCAUAAGACAAGGUGAUUAAGACUGAAGCCUCUAACUUGCCAACGGAGAGCACAUCAUGUAUGUAAUGAAACUUUAUUUGGUGAUCAUGUCUCCUCUGACUCCUCUUUGCUGUGACAGUUUAUCGGAUUUUCCUCAUUUUUGACGAUCAUAAUAAAGACAAACCUUGAAGUAUAUGUUACCUGAU